GGAUUAGGGAGAACUCGAUUAGGGAGAAUUCACCGCCUACAGACAUGAAUAAUGAAUUAUUUACCAAAAUAAUAGCUCUGUUGAAGAGAAGAGGUUUUGUACAGUUAGUGAAACCUGACCUAUCCAGACCUACCUACAGCUAUGGACCAGCUGGUACUCUAUUGAGGAGAAACAUAGCACAAUGUUGGUGGGAAUGGGUGAUGACAUCUCAGGAAAACACCUUCCCUGUGGAGAGUACUAAUAGCCAAGAUUCAACUUGGGACUACUUCCUGGAAAUAUCCAAACAGCUUGAAUGGACCCUUCCCUUCUCCAUCACCCAGAGUCAGAACUACAUACACACACCUGCUGACAGGCAUAUUGACAAGUUCUUGUUCAAUUCAUGUUCGAAGACAAGUCUUGUGAUGCAAAAUUUCUGCCAGGCCACUGUUGUCACCCCUAUGUUAGACACAGCCAUCAGAACUCGCCUCAAGUGGUGGAAACAGUUUUCAGGAAAUCCAGCUAAAUUUUCUGCAACCGAUAUAGAAAAAACAGAAGCUGGCUAUCAUGCAAACAUACAGUACUCCUUUCCCUGGGGUGUGGAUGAUGUAGAGACUGUGACGAGUCUUGGAGACAAACCCCUACAGGGCUUAAAGGGAACAAUGUUAUCAGAACAUCAAUUUGUGAAUGGUAAAACAAGAAGUCUGCCCAGUAUGAUUGAGUGUAAUGCAGUUUUGGAGCAAGGAUUUCUGGCUUUUUUGUUGGACGCUUAUCCUGGGUACCAUGGCUCAUCUAAUGAAGGCACCAAGGAAUCUUUGGUGAGUUGAGUGAGAGGGAAACAUAUCCAACAAAUCACUUGAGAGAUUAGAGGCGAGGUCAAUGCUAUACAUUUGUGGUAUUUUUCAGAAAUUAUUUAAUUUCAACAACUUUGUGUUAGGAUGGUGAUUAAUGAACAGUCUUUGGCGUCAGUUAAUGGAAAACUUUUACAGAGAGUGUAAUUUUUGAAAACUGAAAACAAAAUUUUGGGCUAGCCUUUAACAGUGACAACAUUUAACUGUAAGCCCAAGGAGGUUAUCAUAAGUAACUUGAUGUUACCAGCUUACUGUGGACCUCAAACACUAGUGACAUUACCAGCUUACUGUGGACCUGAUACACUAGUGACUGAUGACCAGCUUACUGUGGACCUGAUACACUAGUGAUAUUACCAGCUCACUGUGGACCUGAUACACUAGUGACAUUACCAGC